AUGAGCAGCAGACUAUAUCUAUUGUUAUGCUCUAAGAACGUCACUACAAUCACCAUCUCUCUCCCAGGUCGCCCACAGCCCAAGGUGUCGUGGUGGUUCGGAGAGGCGGUGAUCGACGAUUCGUGGGCGCCGGUGACCGCGGGCGUGGUGUCCAACACCCUGGUGUUGAGUCCCCUCACCCGCGCCCACGCCCACUCCGUCCUCACCUGCAAGGCUGCCACCGCCCCAGUGGCGGUCACCACUACCACCGUUACCAUUGAUAUGCACCUUCGACCGUUGUCGGUGGAGAUCACAGGAGCUGCCGUCAGCGGCUCGGUGAGAGCAGGUGACAUGCUUGACCUGACUUGCACUGCCCGCGGGUCACGACCACAACCCAUCAUCUCCUGGUACAAGGGAGCAACUCCCAUUCCAACAGAAAGCUCACAAAGGAAGGACGUGACAGGUAUGGGCGGGGGGCACGUUAGAGUGGCAGUACAGCGGCGAGACAACGGUGCCAGGAUCACUUGCAGGGUGACCAACCCAUCACUGCCACUACACACACUGCAGGAUCAUAUAGUCAUCAACGUCACAUAUCCCCCGGAGGUGGAACUGAGGAUGGGAAAGGCUCUGGAAGGGACGGUGGUGAGAGAGGAUACGAAUCUCUAUCUCACUUGUCACGUCGAUUCAAAUCCUCCACCCCACACCCUUGUGUUUAUGCACCAGGACACGGAGGUGCGGCAGGACAAGAUGGCGCGAGUGCUGAUCAGCGGCAAUGAUUUAGUACUCAACCGCGUGCGGCGGACGCAAGCGGGAGAGUACUCCUGUAAGGCGACCAACUCUGAGGGCACAGGUACCAGCCCUCCUGUCAACAUCACCGUCCUCUACGCACCUGUGUGUGGGCUAGCCAAGGAUGUGUGGGCUGAGCCAGGGUCAAUGGUGACCGCCCAGUGUCGAGUGCACGCCUCUCCCCUCACGCCCAUCCACUUCUCCUGGGUAUGGGUCACGCCUUCUUACUCCAGGAGGGUAGUGCCCUCCCAUGUGAACUCCGUCGGGGCGUUCUCCAGCGUCAAUUUCACCGUUCCCAGAGAUAAUGUAACGGAGGUGGGACCCAAUAACCAGCUUGGAUCACUGCAGUGCUGGGCAGAGAACACCGUGGGCAGGCAGGGCAAGCCCUGCGUGGUCUCCGUCAGGAAGCCCGCGCCUCCGUCAGCACCUGUCAACUGCAGCCUGACUGGGGCGGGGCGGGAGGUGGUGACUGUCACCUGUCAGCCUGGGGACCCACCUUCCAUGCCGCAGACAUACCGUCUUCAGAUCUAUGAGUCACAUACCAAGAAGCUCUACCAUAAUGUCAGCAGUCAUUUGCCAAGGUUCACGGUGCGAGGGUUGACACCUGGGCAGGAUUACGUGGUCUAUGUCUCCUCUCACACCUCCUACGGCAGGAGCCCCUUCAGGCUGGUGGAAGCCUUCACCUUCAAAACGGCAGAGAACCGUAUGCCAGGCAGCGAGUACUCGCCCCCCUCCCUCUUCACUAUCAUCAUGUUCGUCUGCGGGGUGGGAGCCAUCGUCAUUAUCGUCAUUAUCGUCAUCACCGUCUUCAGACUGAGGCUACGGAAGUCCAGGCACAAGUGUGUGAGGCUGACGGCGUCAGCAGCUGCCUCCGAGAUCCCCAAGGACCUCCUCUCUGAGAGUCAGAAGCAGUCGCCUGAUGGCAAGGAAGGCUCGGCCAGUGGCAACCACUUGUCCAAGGUUUCCCAACUCGCUGUCAAAGAAGUGGCUCACACGAAGGAGAGCAUCCCGCUGCAGCCUAUCAUCCGGCAGCCUUCCCGACCGCUGCAGCCAAUCAUUAAGGAGAACGGACGCUCGGACAACGGGGGCAAGAGUUCUCAAGGGCGGACGGUGCUGUUCGUGGAGCCGCCCAAGCCUCAAAGCGGGAUUCUGGUGAAUAAAAACGAAGUGCCGAGAACCACGUACGACGCCAUGUACCAGGGCAGGAGAGGACCAAUGAAAGGCCCGAAUGGCGACGUUGUGUCUCAUAAUCUCUACGUUCCCCGGGGCUCAUACUCUGACUCGAUGCACGGCUUGCACGUGCCCCGGGGGGUGGACGUAAUGGGCGGGUAUCCGGACAGAGAACCUCCAAUUUUAAGGGAUCGGGAGCCGCCUAUAGUGAGGGAUCGAGAGCCGCCCACGGUGAGGUACCGGUCAUCGCUCGACGACCGGGGAGAAUCUGGGGUGUUGUUGAAUCCACAGUUCUCUGCAGGGGCUUCCGGCGCCCUAGGCAGGGAGCCGUACGGCUCGACUGGCACUUUAGGCAGAGAGCCUUACGGCUCUCCUCGCAGCGUUAUUAGAAGCGGCGGACCUGCUCUGGUCUCCUCUCCUCCCUACACCUCGCGCGAGCUUACCAGAGACCUAGGUCGAGACUUGCCACGGGAUCUCGGUCGAGAUUUGCCUCGAGACCUAUCUCGGGACCUUCCUAGAGAGAGGGACCUUCCUAGAGACUUGUCCCGGGAACUUCCUAGGGAGAGAGACCUUCCGAGAGAGAGGGACCUUCCUAGAGACUUGUCUCGGGAACUUCCUAGAGAGAGAGACCUUCCGAGAGAAAGGGACCUUCCUAGAGAAAGGGACAUUCCUAGAGAGAGGGACCUUCCAAGAGAGAGGGAACUUCCAAGAGAGAGGGACCUUCCUAGAGAUUUAUCUAGGGACCUCCCUAGAGAAAGGGACCUUCCUAGAGAGAGGGACCUUCCUAGAGAGAGGGACCUUCCUAGAGACCUCUCUCGGGAUCUUCCUAGAGAGAGGGACCUUCCUAGAGAGAGGGACUUCGCGAGGGACCUCCCAAGAGAUCGAGACCUUGCUAGGGAUCGAGACCUGGCCAGGGAUCGGGACGUCAGCAGGGAACCCACUGGCCAUAUCUUCACCUUCCCAACCCGCACCGUCAGCCACGAAUACGACCCCCUAAUUCCCCGUUCUCCGCCCCCCAUCUCUUGCAUGAAGAAAUCUCCUAGCGUGAGCGCGUCCGUGGGGCGCCACUACGACCCACCGCCCCGAAGAAUCGAGGGCAGCGGGUACCGCUCCCUUCCGAGGCCAAGCAAGCCUCGCGGGGCGGAGGCCGAGGCCCUGCUCAAGUACCGAUCGCUUGAUAGACGUUUCGAUCUACCUUUUAGCGGGUCCUUGCCCCGACCCGAACCCGAGGUGGACCAGGAGACCCCACCCCAGCACCGCCGGUACAGCGGUUCGCCACGACUCCGCUUCGGAGAUGAGAAGCACUUCCAUGUGUACCACGACAAGGAGAAAAAACAUGACGGUCUGGAUGAUAUGGAUGAGAGUUUUGUAUGAUGUGUUUUAUGAAAUAUAUGUUUUUAUUGGUGUAUUCCUACUUUUUAAAUCCUUUAUGUUAAAAACUUUUUUUAUUACCACAAGGAAUAUAAAUAUUUAUCGACUGUUAAGCCAAAUAAAGAAAAGCAAUA